UCUCUCUCUCUCUCUCUCUCUCUCUCUCUGUAGUCUGUAUGCUGUAUGUGUGCUGAUGGGGGGACUGGCGAAGGGCAGUUUUAGAGAUCUCAUGGGAGUUCUGAAAGACACAGCAUCACUGAGCAAAGCAGCUCUGCUAUCCAAGCCCAGCACCGUCGGUCUUCAAGUAGCAGUGCUGAGAGCCACCACACACGAGCCCUCAAAUCCUCCCAACGAGAAACAAAUCACAGCCCUUCUCUCCUUCGGGCACAGUUCUCGCCUUAUCGCCUCGGCCUGCAUCGAUGCCCUGAUGGGCCGUCUUCACCAGACUCGUAACUCCACAGUAGCACUCAAGUGUCUUAUCACCAUCCACCAUAUAAUCCGGCGUGGCUCUUUCAUCCUCCAAGACCAGCUGUCCAUCUAUCCUUCCACCGGUGGCCGCAACUACCUCAACCUCUCCAACUUCCGUGACAACGCCUCCCCUGAAUCCUGGGAAUUGUCUUCUUGGGUCAGAUGGUAUGCGACUUUCCUCGAACAGUUGUUGCUCACUUCUCGCGUUCUUGGUUUCCUCUUUUCGUCUGAUUCAGAUAAAGCAGAAGACAGAAACAAGAUAACAGCGCUUCUGAAUUAUGAUUUACUGAAAGAAGUAGGUGCUUUGGUGAGUGUGGUGGAAGAGAUCUGCAGAGCACCUGAGUCUCUGUUCGCCCAUGGAAACGGGUUAGUUCAUGAGGUGAUAUCAUUAGUGGGUGAAGAUUACCGAUCAGCACAGAAGGAAAUUUCGCUCCAGAUCGAUGAGUUACGACAGAGAGUGAAUUCAUUUACCUUCGAAGAAGCAAUGGAUUUGGUUCGAUUGUUGAAGAGAUUAGAGAAUUGUAGAGAGAAGGUAAUUGGGUUUUUGUUCAUGAAUAAGAAGAACACGAUGGUUGAUGUGUUUUGGGAUUCGAUUGGGGAAGUGAGAACGAAGAUUGGAUCUGUGAAGGAUUACGGAGAGAGGAAGUUGUUGUUGGGAGUGGAGAAGGUAGAGAAGGCGAGCGAGUCGGCUCGGUUCGGAGACCGAGUUUUGAGACUGGGUGACCCGGUACAUUUCUCAUCUACCAGAUUUUCUUUGGAUUUAGGUUCCGUUUCAAGUUUGAAUUCUGUUGACAAUCAGCGCAUGAAUCAUCAAUGAAUGACAAAGACUACAAU